GUUGAAUGUUGAAACAUAUUGAAAAUUAAGAAUCACAUGAGCGAAGGGGUAUUCAGGCAGUCGAGGAAAGUGCGGCGCAGCGGGGACUUUCAGAGGGAUAGAGAGCAAGAGAAAAUGCGUCCAACUACCCGUGCACAAAAUACCAAACCCACCGAAGAAAUGGAGAGUACUUCUCUAGUCGGAAUGCGUAGCCGAGACGAUGUAGCGGGUACCCCGUCAUCAACGCAACAAACCAGGAGCGAAGUGGAGCUACCCAGUGAGCUGAAGUCGGCUAUAGCGGUAGCCCAAGCGCACAAGACCUACAGAGCAUCGCUGUCGCAGGAAUUGAGCGCUUUUAAAGAGACAAUGGAGGCCAGCACGUUAAGUUUCAUGCGAGAAAUUAGGGAAGUAGUCUCAUCCCUGAAAGUGGACAAAGUGAGAAGCGAUGCAAGUUCACAAGAAGCGAGAUAGGCGAGAAUUAAUCGGCCACCUGCACCUACUCACCUUUUUG